ACAAAAAUUUUCUCAUAUUUCUUCUUUGCAAAAAGAAGACUUUAAUACCAACUUGUUUGUGAAAAAACAUAAAGAUAUUAGUGACAAAUUGGUUGAAAAUUAUGAUGAUAUUAUAGAUUCUUCUAAAGAAUUAAGUGACUAUGAAGAUAUUGAUAUUGAUUCUUUAGAAGAAUCAAGUAACAGCAUCAAUAUUGAUGAUAAUUUUUCAGAAGAGUUUAUUAGUGAUGACUUAUAUUCAGAAUGCAUAUCAAUAACACCUUCAAAUGCUUCAAAUAGUUCAAGAGAAAGUUCAGAUGAUGAGGAUUUUUUUAGUGAAAUUGUAGACAAGGCUUCCGAAUUUAAUAAUUUAUUACAAAGCAAUA